GACCACUGAAACAAAAUGGAGAAGAAGAGCAAUGGGAUCUCAGCAAUUCUACUCCUAGCUUUAAUACAAGGUUUUCUGGCCUCUGGCGCUGUUGAGGUGCAGCCCUCCAUCAACCCUGCUGCAGUCGGACAAACAGUGACACUGUCUCUGUCUGCCAGUCUCAGAAGUGGCACUUGGGCAGUGGGAGAGUCUCUCAUCCUCACCUGGCUUGGAAACCAGCAGGCGGUUUUCCCCAGCCACAGUGGCAGAGCGUCAGUCAAUGUCCACACAGGAGAUCUCACUCUGAGCUCUGUCACUGUGGAUGACUCAGGAGUCUAUGUGGUGCAGAGCAGUGACCCCCAGCUUAAGGCCAAUGCUUCCAUCACUGUUCUAGAGCCCAUUUCAAAUGUGACACUCAAUGUGAAUCAAACCGAGCUGAUGGAGUUCAACAGUUCAGCCGAGCUCACAUGCUCUGUCUCCUCUGGGUCCUCCUUCUCUUAUCUCUGGAUGAAUGGCAGCUCUGAGGUUUCAGCCACUGGCAGACUCCAGCUCACUGAUGGAGGCUCUACUCUCACUGUCGUAAAUGUGACUCGCUACGACCAGGGACCAUUCAGAUGUUGUGUGUUCAAUCCUGUCAGUAAUAGCAGCAGUGAUUCGGUCAACUUCACAAUCAGCUAUGGCCCAGAUAACAUGGCUCUCACAGUGAACGGACAGAACACAACUUCCUUUUCAGCUGGAUCUAAUCUGACCAUACUAUGUUCAUCGCAGUCCAAUCCCCCAGCUCAGCUUCAGUGGGCAUUCAGGGGAGAGCUUGUGAAUGUAACAGGUCCUCUGUUGGAGCUGUCACACGUCGGUGAAGACCAAAGUGGUCCAUAUUCCUGUCUGGCCUUUAACAACUAUACCAACAUGCAUGACAAUAUCACCACACACAUCAUAAUAGCAAAGUCAGGAUCUGACCAGCAUGCAGUGAAUAUGCUACUCCUUUCUCUGUUACUCGCUGGAUUCCUCUUUUCAUAUAUAUCAGGGCGAAACAAGGUGUGGCAGGAUCAUGUGUACAGUCAGAGCAUUACUGCCUCUCAGAACCCUGUACCAGUGGGCAGCAGCGUAACACUUUCCAGCACGGUCCACGUCUCUACAGGAACAUGGAUAUUCAACAAUAAUCUCAUUGUGUUCAUAUCCCCACAAAUUCAAGCCAUAGCUAACUCUUGGAGGGACAGGGUAACAUACAAUUCAUCCACUUCAUCACUGACUUUAAGGUCACUGACGCUCGAUGACUCAGGAAUAUACACAUUAGAGGAUUUGAAUGUUUUUCGUGCACAGUUAACACUGUCAGUCCAAGUGCCGAUUUCAAAUGUGACUCUGUGGGCAAAAGAAACCAACCUGGUUGAAUAUAAUGACACAGCAGUUCUCAUGUGCUCUGUGUCCAACGGCUCAUCUCUGUCCUUUGAAUGGCUGGACGGCAACUCUACAGUAACAGCUGGUGGACAAGUACUUCUCAGCAAUGGAAAUGCCACUCUCACCAUACUCAAUGUGACUCACCAUUACCAGGGACCGUUCAGGUGCAAAGUGUCUAAUGGCAUUAGCCAUGAAAUCAGUGCCCCUGUACAUCUGAACAUCAGCUAUGGUCCAAGUAACACAACGAUGAUGAUCACACCCAUGAAGGACACGUACAAAACAGGAUCUAAAAUCACACUGUCAUGCUCAGCGGAGUCCAGCCCUCCAGCGAUGAUCAAGUGGAUUGUUGAUGGAGUGUACCUGAACCAAUCUGGCCCACAGCUUCAACUAGAGAAUGUUACACAGGGCAACUCAGGACAUUACACAUGCGUACUUCACAACACAGUCACGUCCAGGUUCAGCAGCGCAAGUGCAAUGAUUCAGGUUUUAGAUCCAAUAACAGCAGUUGUGGUGAAACCUACCAGUGGACCAGCCAUGCUUCAUGAGCCAUUCACUCUUCAGUGUGAAGUGGCUGGAUCUGCUGACACCAUUCUGUGGUGGAUGAAUGGCCAGCCUAUUUCUGCUGACAAUGCAACAGUCUUUGGCAUGAAUAACAAGACACUAACAUUAAACUCAGUCCAACCUUCAGACAAUGGACAUUACAAGUGUCAGGCUUUUAAUUCUGUGAGCAACAUGACCAGCAGUCCCUACACAGUUAACGUUAUCUAUGGACCAGAGAUGCCAACUAUCACGGGACCGACCGCGGUAAAGACAGGAGACAAUGUCACAUUCAGCUGCUAUGCAUCAUCUAACCCCCCAAGCCACUACAAAUGGUACUUCAAUGGUUCUCUAGUCUCCAACAUGUCCGAGUACAUUACCCCUCAUCUUCCCAAAGAAACAGUCAGGAAGUACAUCUGCAUGGCCUUUAACAAUGUCACUGGCCAAAACAGCAGUGCCUACAUCAUGCUCACUGUUGUAGAUCCAAUAGAAAAUGUGCAAGUAGAAGCACCAGAUAAUCUUGCCACAGAAGGUAAUUCAUAUAAUUUAACAUGCAAUGUUACUGGACCUGCUGAUCAUGUUUACUGGAUGAAGAAUGGUGAGCUGCUGCAUGAAAACAACAGAACUGUUUUCUCCAUGGAUAACAAGACAGUCAGCUUCAUCCCACUGAAUCAUUAUGAUACUGGCGACUACCAGUGUAUGGCUGUUAACGCUGUUGGAAACAUGACCAGCCCUCUGCACAUGCUCCUUGUCAACUUUGGACCAGAAACACCCAUCAUUCAGGGGCCAGAUUUUGCAGAGACAGGAGGAUAUGCGGUCUUCAACUGUUCUGCCAUGUCGGUUCCGCCCAGCCACUUUAGCUGGUGGUAUAAUGGCUCCAUGGUGGCCAAUACUUCAGUGUUUAAAGCUGGUCCUUUGUCUUUAAAUAUGACUGGAGAAUACACCUGUAUGGCCUACAAUAAUGUGACAGGAAAGAACAGUACAAACUCUGCAAUGCUCACAGUCAUUGAGGCCAUAGAGUCAGUGAUGGUCCAAAACAGCACGACUCCAAUAAACAAUGAAAACUUCACUCUCACCUGUGAUGUUGGUGGACCCUAUGACACGAUCUACUGGAUGAAGGACAACAUGAAACUCAACAUGACAAACCCACAUUCAUCGUACCACAUUGAAAAGAACAUGCUGCACUUCACCCCAGUGACAACUUACAAUGAUGGGUCAUAUCAGUGUGUUGCUACCAAUCAGGCUGCUCAGCAUGAGAGUGUACCGUACAUACUCCUGGUGAAUUAUGGGCCCCUGAGUGUGACUAUCUCUGGUCCAGAUUCAGCAGAACUGGGCACCUCUGGCAUGUCUCUGACAUGUUCUGCUGAUUCUCGGCCUGAGUGUCAUUUCUACUGGUUCUUAAACAAUCAGUCAAACCCUCUAACGAAUGGACCUGUUAUUACAUUCUCUGUGACAAAAGAAAGUGAGGGGACGUACAUUUGUAAGGCGAGGAACCCUGUGACCAACAUCACAAUGUACCAAAGUAAAACAUUUGCUGUCAGCGGUCAUGCCUCUGCCAUCCACUUCUCAUCCCACAGCAGUCUGAUGUUAAUGGCUCUGUUUGCUUUUUCCACCUCUGUGCUGUUCAACUGAUCCUCCACACAGAAAAGUCCAGUCAGCCCAAAAGGCCUCCUGCUUCUUUUACAGUCUUUCAUGACAAUCUUCCUUUAAAAUGAUUGAGACAGUCAAAGUAUAAUCCACACUCUUAAUGUAAAAUUAACACUAACAGUGAAAAGGCAAAUUAUUUAUUUAUUGCAAUGCUUGUUUUGUUUUUUAUGUUAAAUACUAUAAAUAUUAGCAAGUAAAAGUAUCUGUGUUAGUCACUGUUUGGACUUCCCAGGAGUCAUUUUAGUGAAAGUACUUCAGUAAACUUGCAUUCAAUAUCAAGGACCAUACCAUCAAUGAGGUGAUUUUUUAUUAACUGAUAUCAUAAGUGAAAUGUUGAUCAGAGGUAAGAUAAGCAGCUGCAGUGUAGGUAAAGGCUUUACUGAGGAUCAGAGGCAGGUCCUGGUGCUGGCUCCCUAAGAGAGGGACAAAAGAGGAAGAAAAGAGCAAGAAGAAAGGCAAGGGGAAGUGGAGCAACGGCAAACAAGAACAGACUGGUAUGCAGAGCUGGUCAACAUUUAUAGAUGUAUGACAGGAAGGGGAGAGUUUGAGGUGUGGUCCUGGUACUGAACUUCAGAUAAACAUUUUACCUUCAUUAUUUUCACAAGGGUAAAACAUGUGUGUUUCUACAUAAUAUAUCCAUGCUCCUAUGAUACAAAUUACAUAUCUCCAUUCUGAACACUUGCAGUUUUUUUUGUUAAGCAUAAUGAAUUUGCUUUAUUAUACCUCGAUUCACUGUAAUUAUUUCUUUAUCAAUAAAAAACACUGUAAUCAUU